CCUAGACCAAUACGGCCCCAUUAUUUCUGAUACUUUGUGACUAUUUUAAACUUUACUUCAGGACACACUUAAAGUAGACUAACAACGAUUAUUAAGAGAAAAAAAUUUGCACUUCCGAAUUUUCUAGCUACUUCUAAUGACUUGCGAUUUUCAAAUUGAUCUAACAACGUCCUAAAUAUUCACUUAUUUGCCGAAGUACGCAUGCGUGAUUGACAUUCUGAAUGUAAACAUAAGAAAUGUGUAGGUAAAUCGAAAAUAUAAAUGUUCUUCAAUUUUGACAUUUAAAAAACUCAAAACCGUUUAAGCGUACAUUCUCUAUAUAAAAAACGAGAUAUUGGACUAGGUUCCAUACUUAAAAUGGGAUUACUAUCAGAAGGAUCGCCUCUCAGUUGGGAAGAAACGAAAAAACAUGGGGACCACGUUAGGAAACAUGGAAUCCAACAGUUCAUUAAUCAGUACAAAAAGUUAAAGAGCAGAAGCCGUGAUAUACUGUACUGGGGAGAUGAGGUGGAAUACAUGCUUGUUAAGUUUGAUGAUGAAAAGAAAACAGCCAAGCUGAGUCUAAAUGCUGGAGAGGUGUUAGAUAACUUACAGCAGUGUGAGAAGUUAUGUCCUCAGGACCAUCCGUCUACAUGGAGACCAGAGUAUGCAGGGUACAUGGUGGAAGGGACUCCAGGAAAACCUUAUGGUGGUUUGUUGGCCCACUUCAAUGUAGUAGAAUCUAAUAUGAGGCUUAGGCAGAAAGAAAUCCAACAAGCUUUGGGACCAAAUGAAGUGCCACUUAGUCUAACAUCAUACCCAAGGUUGGGUGUAGGAAAUUUUUCAGACCCAGAGACAAAGACAACCCCAGAAACAGGAGCUUCAAAGUCAAUCUUUUUUCCUGAUGAAGUCAUUUUUCAAGGUCAUCCUAGAUUUAGGACUUUAUCUAGAAACAUUAGACAAAGAAAGGGGAGUAAAGUAGAAAUCCAAAUACCAAUAUUCAAAGAUAAGAAGACGCCAUCUCCAUUUAUUGAGGACUUCAGCGCCCUUGGUGAUGAUGGGGAGGCAGCUAGAACAGCCAAACCAGACCAUAUAUACAUGGAUUGUAUGGGAUUUGGAAUGGGGUGUAGCUGUCUGCAGGUCACAUUCCAAGCAUGUAAUAUUGAUGAAUCCAGGCUUUUAUAUGAUCAAUUGGCACCCCUCUGUCCAAUCAUGUUAGCUUUAAGUGCAGCUUCACCUGUGUAUAGAGGAUACCUGUCUGACAUAGAUGCUCGAUGGACCGUGAUUUCACAAUCAGUAGACGAUAGAACAGAUGAAGAAAGAGGCAAAAAGGAAUUAAAGAAUGAUAGAUUUCAAAUUCACAAGUCCAGAUACGAUUCUAUAGACAGUUACUUAUCUCCAAUCUAUAAAUGUUACAAUGAUAUAGAGCUUGUAUUGGACCAAGAUCUGUGUGAUGAAUUACAAAAGGGAGGCAUCGACGAAACAAUGGCUAGACACAUAGCACAUUUAUUUAUAAGAGACCCUAUAUCAUUAUUUAGUGAAAAGCUCAAUCAGAAUGAUGAAGAAGAUACUGACCAUUUUGAGAACAUCCAGUCAACUAACUGGCAGACUAUGAGGUUCAAGCCUCCUCCACCAAACAGUAGUAUAGGAUGGAGGGUGGAGUUCAGACCUAUGGAGGUCCAGCUAUCCAGUUUUGAGAAUGCUGCAUAUGUAACUUUUAUAGUGUUGCUAACUCGAGCAGUGCUGUCGUAUGGACUGAAUUUUGUGAUUCCUAUUUCUAAGGUGGAUGAGAACAUGAGAACUGCUCACAAGAGAGAUGCUGUAAACAAAGACAUGUUUUAUUUUAGGAAGGAUGUUUUUACUGAUUGUUCUCCAGCAGACGUAGCCAAGUGUAUGGCCUCAGGGAAAUGUGAAAGGGUCAAAUGUUCUAACAUUCAAGAUGAAUAUACACAGAUGACAAUGAAUGAGAUAUUUAAUGGCAGUGACGACUUUCCAGGUUUGAUACCUCUGGUUAAACAGUACCUAAACAGUGUUGAUAUAGAUAUAGAUACUAGCUGUACUAUACAAAACUACCUCAAACUGAUAUCCAAGAGGGCCUCAGGAGCUGAACCAACAAUAGCAAAAUGUAUCAGGAACUUUGUGACCAACCAUCCAGACUACAAGCAGGACUCAGUAGUAUCAGAAGAGAUAAAUUACGAUCUGCUCAAGUUAAUACACGAAAAGACUGAAAAUUGUGAAACUCUCUCAACUGAUACUAAGUUUAGUUCAAAGACUAACAAUGAUAUUCCUACUGCAUUAUCUAAAGCAGAAAAAUUUCUGGCCCAGAAAAAUCCACAGAAAAAUAUGAUGAAUGGACAUAAAUCAUAAAAAUGUUUGUAACCAUUUAUUACCUGGGGAGGAAUGUCGUAGCUAUUAGUUUUAUAACUUACUGUGGAUUCAUUUAUUUUCAUCUGUACCAAUUUUUGUGUAUUCCAGAUGUAUUUUCGUGGAUAUUUUUAAAAACUCGUGGUU